GUGAACUACACCAUCCUGGCAGACGUCUGCAACCUGUGGCGUAACUACGUUGAUAUCCAGGACUCCUGGGACAGUGUGCUUUCCAUCCUGGACUGGUUCUCUGAAAACCAGGACAUCCUGCAGCCAGCAGCUGGCCCCGGCCACUGGAAUGACCCGGACAUGCUCAUAAUUGGAAACUUUGGCCUUAGCUACGAGCAGUCCCGCUCCCAAAUGGCCUUGUGGACGGUGAUGGCAGCUCCACUCCUCAUGUCCACGGAUCUCCGUGCUAUCUCCCCGAGUGCCAAAGAGAUCCUGCAGAACCCCCUGAUGAUCCAGAUCAACCAGGACCCCCUGGGAAUCCAGGGGCGCAGGAUUGUCAAGGAGAAAUACCACAUUGAGGUGUUCCUGCGCCCACUGUCCCAGGCCGCCAGCGCCCUCGUCUUCUUCAGCCGGAGGACGGAUAUGCCUUUCCACUACACCACCAGCCUGGCCAAGCUCCACUUCCCCGAGGAUGCCAUCUAUGAGGUCCAAGAUGUGUACAGUGGGAAGAUCAUCAGUGGCUUGAAGACAAGCGACAGCUUCUCAGUCGUUAUUAACCCCUCGGGGGUGGUGAUGUGGUAUCUCUACCCUACGGCGCUCCGGGCACAGCCCCUGCAGGUUGUCAGACAGCAAGCCGCCAGCGAGGGUUUCCGCCCAGUCCUCCUGUGA